AACCCCGCGGCAAAUGAACGUCAAUCAGUGUGACGCUUUGUUUUGGCAGCCAUAUGUUCAAAAGUGUUUAUUUGUUGCCAUUUAAUCAAUUUUUGGGCCCCAUUUUCUCUUAAACAGUGGAAAAUAUGUCGGAUUGGGAAGAAAUCAAGCGGUUGGCGGCCGAUUUUCAAAAAGUGCAGCUGAGCGUCAGCGCUCAGAAACUAUCUGAGCGCAAUUGCGUCGAAAUCGUAUCCUGGCUCAUUGAGAAGAAGCUGAUCGACCUGAUAUUCACCAGCGAUGGCAAAGAGUACCUAACUCCCGCUCAGCUGGUGACGGAUAUCCAGAACGAGCUCUAUGUGAGCGGGGGCAGGAUCAGCUUGGGGGAUUUGGCCAAGAAUAUUGGCGUGGACUUUGGGCAGGUGAAUGCCCAUUUGAACCAGGUGCUGAAGGGCCGGAAGGAUGUCCAGAAUGUACUGGGUCAGUUGAUCGACCACAGCUACACGCUGCGGAUAGCUGGAGAGAUCAACGAGAAGCUCCAGCAGCAGGGCCAUAUUAAUGUGAGCGACUUGACCAUUGCCUAUGACCUGCCCGCAGACUUUCUUCAGCAUCAAGUGCUGGAGAAGCACCUGGGGGGCGUCAUUCAAGCCAUCCAAGAUCCCGCCGAUCCAAAAAGCUUCUUCAUCGAGGCUUUUAUCUCGCGCGCCAAAGCGCAGCUCAAAGGCGCCCUAAACGGCCUAUCUAGGCCGGUAGCAGUCGGCUCCAUCGUCAGCCAGAUUGGGAUUAGCGAGAAGCUCUUCUUUGGGCUCUUUGAGCAGAGCUGCGCCUUUGGCAGCCUGACCAGUAGACAGUCGGGGGCUCAGUACAUCCCCAGCUGCUACACUAGGGGGCAGAACGAGUGGUCCCGGGCGUUUUUGAAGCAAAACCAGUAUCUAGAAUUCGAUGCCUUGAUCAGAAUAGGGAUUUCCGACCCGAAAAGCUACAUAAGGAAAGUCCACGCUGCGGAUAAGCUCUUUGUUCUGGACUCUAUGGCGGUGGCCCCCUCUCUGCUAGAGCGCGUGAACGACUACAUCGAAGAGUGCAUAGCGAUUGGGGGGUUUGUCGACCUGGAAACCUCCCUGCCCUCCAGCAUAACGCCCAAAGACCUUUCCCUGGUGGUGGAGCAUCUGCUCAAAGGGCAGAAGAACCAGGAAACUGUUCUGCUGGAGAGCUUCGUGCUGAGCAAGGCCUACAUGGAUAAAAUAAGCGAUUUGUGCUCGGAAGCUGUGCAGCAUCGCGCCAAAAGCCUGGUGGAAUCGGGGCAGUAUCAAAAGCACCAGGUGGAACUGCAGAGUGGCGAAAGAGGGAAAUUGCAGCGAGGCAAAGAGGAGGAUGAUCGCGUGGAUAAGAGGGAAGAGCGGCGCAAGAAGGCAGCAGGCGGAAAAAGCGGGGGCGGCACUCAAGGGCGUGAAACGAAGACCAAGUCCACUAAGAGACACUCGAGGCACCGGGCGCAGGAGGAGGACGACGACCAGGAGGUAGAGGAGGAGAGCAAAAAGGCGUUUACUGUGCUUCCUUUGGAGGUGGUUUCUGAACUGAUCCAGCCCUUCUUGGAAGACGAGGGCCUGGACAGUAUUCUGGAGGCCAUCGCGCAGCAUUUGCAGCCUUUGUUGAACGAGAGAGUCCUCCAGCUGGCUGCGGAUAUUUUCAAGGAAACCAUCGCGGACAAGACGGCCUUGCGUCGCAGAAGACACCAGGAGUUCGCCUCCAGAGUGGAGAACCUAAUCAACGAGCUGCGCUGGUACCAGAAAGGCUGCAAACUCCUCCCAGUGGAGCUCCAAGCCUCCAUCACCAAGUACUUGCUCAAGAGCAUCUGCUCCGAUCUAGUGGCCGAGUUCUUGGGCUUCGCCGUCGCUGACAGCGGCGCCGAACUGGACAUCAGCACGCUCACCUCCAAUGAAAAGCUGAAAUUCCUUAGCCAAAACUCCGACUAUGCGGCGCUGCUGCCGCUGUUCAAAGCGCUCAGCGGCACCAGUUUGGAGGAAUUUACUAGCGCCCUGGAUCCGGCGCUGGACGCCUGCGGCGUCUUCCUGCGGAAAGUCGACAAGAAGCAGGACCGAUCGGGGGUGCUGCGCGUCAAACUGGACCUUCUGAAGGAGCUGCAAGGGUGCGAAGACCCGGCCACUGUUCUUCACCUGGCCACUUUGGUGCUGUUUAGCACAGCCACGCAGACUCUGUUGCAUAUCAGCGGCAAGCACAUUUCGGCCGUGUUGGGCUUCCUUAAGCCGCAAAUGGAGGAGGCGCAGCACGCCGCCCUGAUGAACUAUCACGACUUUAUUGCGGUGAUGCUGCGCGGCGGCUCCGAAGUGGAGAAGCUCAAGGAGCAAAUGGAGGCGGUCAAGACCAUUGCCAGGGAGUACAAGCGAAGCGGUGAGAAAGUUUAAUUCCCUAUUAGUGCUAUUUGCUAUUAAAGUGACAAUGUGUGUGA